AUUCAGUUUUCGGUGAAGAAAAUAAAAAAAUAAAAAUGGAACUUAAAAGCUUCGUUUUGAUUUUGUCAGUUUUUGUGUUAAUUCAUAAAUCUUGUGCUCAAAAUAGAUUCUUGGUGAAUGUUGUCGAGAUGGAUGCAGUAACUUUGGCGAAUCCAUCUAUGCGUUGUAUCGGAACUGUUUUGUCUAGUCGACACAUUCUUACAACAGCCACCUGCUUACUUGCUGUUCCCAGAAACAGAAUUCUUGGAAUCGAAGCCCAGUUUGCUGUUACAAAUUCAUCAAUUCAUUUUAUAAAUAGAACAACAAGACAUCCUGAUUUUAUGAAUUCCAAUAGGAAUGUGGAAGCCUUGACAAGUCCAAGAAAUGACAUUGCUAUUCUAGAAAUCGAUAACCCUCUUAAUACAACAAUCUUCAGACCACAAUCUAUUGGUGCUUUGGAAACUGAAAGAUCGUGCAGUUUAUUUGCACUUAAUACGGCUGCCGCUAAUCCAGGGGCAAUAGUUGUCGCAAUCAAUAGACCAUCAACUUGUGUUUAUGAUAACAAUCAAGUGUUCUGUUCCAUUAUUCUGUCUGUUGAACAAUGUUUACAGGUUCGUCCUGGAUCUCCCGUUACAUGUGGACAAAGUGGAUUCAUAGGUGGGAUCGUCGUUAAUAACUGCAGCCAUCAGAACUUGAUUAUUCAAUAUCAUAAUGUUGGUCAAUUCCGUAAUUGGAUUGAGGGAGUUGUUUCUGGUGAUAUGCGUUCCGAGGACAAUUUUGAUUAUUAACAUGAGAAGCGUUUUAUGAAACAUUUCAAAAGUUUUACUGAAAUCAGAAAAAAUUGUAUGAAAAUAAACUUUUGUUUUCUUUAUUAAAAACUUAUUGGCAUUGAAAUAAAUUCAUUUAAAUCUUAAACAAAUAAAAAAACA